GGUUUCGUGGAAGAAAUUCUGGAGUAAUCUUUUGUUUACAUCAUUCUCUGCUGAUUUCCAAAAGCAGAAGACUCUGCAUGCAAAAACUGAAAUUGAAGCCCCGUGUAUGUUUUGUCACCGAUGUAAAAGAGCAUUAAAGAAAAUAUGUAAUCAUGGGAAAACCUUCUUUCUGUUGGUACAAAGUGGCUCGUCGCUCUGAUUUUUGUUGCCUAACGUGGAGGCUUUUGACUUAAACACCUUGAAAGGAUGGGAGUGCUGCUCAGCGAGCUCCAGGGCGCGCACCUAGCUGCGGAGGAACGGCCCCAGCCCCAACAGUCCCACAGGGGAGUAGUUCUUAUCCCAUGUGCCUGCAGCCAAGCCGUGGUCAAAAUAGUGAGUAAGAACACGUAUGGAGAAUAAAGAGGAGAUGCAGUGCCUUUCUGCCUUUGCACUGCGCCUUGGGACUGCUAGUCUCUGUUUACUCAUACAAAUCACUGCUUGAAAAACUUCCAGUACAAAGUUAUCAAAAGACUUAAAAAUGCCUCCACGACCAUCAUCCGGUGAACUAUGGGGCAUCCACUUGAUGCCACCGAGGAUCCUUGUGGAGUGUCUUCUCCCAAAUGGAAUGAUAGUGACUCUAGAAUGCCUCCGUGAGGCCACAUUACUAACUAUUAAACACGAACUCUUUAAAGAAGCGAGAAAAUACCCUCUCUAUCAGCUCCUUCAAGAUGAAUCUUCUUACAUUUUUGUAAGUGUUACGCAAGAAGCAGAAAGAGAAGAGUUUUUCGAUGAAACACGGAGGCUUUGUGACCUGCGGCUAUUUCAACCUUUUCUAAAAGUCAUUGAACCAGUAGGUAACAGAGAAGAGAAGAUUCUUAACAGAGAAAUAGGUUUUGCUAUUGGCAUGCCCGUCUGUGAAUUUGACAUGGUUAAGGAUCCUGAAGUACAAGACUUCAGAAGAAAUAUUCUUAAUGUUUGUAAAGAAGCAGUGGAUCUUCGAGAUGCCAAUGCACCACAUAGUAGAGCAUUGUACGUCUGUCCUCCAAAUGUAGAGUCUUCACCUGAACUACCCAAACACAUAUACAAUAAACUAGAUAAAGGGCAAAUUAUAGUUGUGAUCUGGGUAAUAGUCUCACCAAACAAUGAUAAGCAGAAAUACACCUUAAAAAUCAAUCAUGACUGUGUGCCUGAGCAAGUUAUUGCUGAAGCAAUUAGGAAGAAAACACGAAGUAUGUUGUUGUCAUCCGAACAACUGAAGCUUUGCGUGUUGGAGUACCAGGGCAAGUAUAUUUUAAAGGUGUGCGGCUGUGAUGAAUACUUGCUAGAAAAAUAUCCGCUGAGCCAGUAUAAGUACAUAAGAAGUUGUAUAAUGCUUGGUCGCAUGCCCAAUCUGAUGCUGAUGGCUAAAGAAAGCCUAUAUACCCAGUUGCCACUGGAUACCUUUACAAUGCCAUCUUAUUCCAGGCGUAUCUCUACAGCUACACCCUACAUGAAUGGAGAAGCUACAGCUAAAUCCCUGUGGACUAUAAAUAGUGCUCUCAGAAUAAGAAUUCUCUGUGCAACCUAUGUAAAUGUGAACAUUAGAGACAUUGACAAAAUAUAUGUUCGAACAGGUAUCUACCAUGGAGGGGAACCUUUGUGCGACAAUGUGAAUACUCAGAGGGUACCUUGUUCUAAUCCCAGAUGGAAUGAGUGGUUGCUGUAUGACAUGUACAUUCCCGAUCUUCCACGUGCUGCUCGGCUCUGCCUUUCUAUCUGUUCUGUUAAAGGCCGGAAGGGUGCUAAAGAGGAGCACUGUCCAUUGGCUUGGGGAAAUAUAAACAUGUUUGAUUACACAGACACUCUUGUAUCUGGGAAAAUGGCUUUGAAUCUUUGGGCAGUACCUCAUGGACUGGAAGAUUUGUUGAAUCCUAUUGGUGUUACUGGAUCAAAUCCGAAUAAGGAAACUCCAUGUUUAGAGCUGGAAUUCGAUUGGUUUAGCAAUCCUGUUAAGUUUCCAGAUAUGACAGUGAUUGAAGAACAUGCCAAUUGGACUAUCUCACGUGAACUGGGGUUCAACUACAGCUAUGCGGGGCUGAGUAACAGAAUAGCUAGAGAUAACGAAUUAAGAGAAAGUGACAAGGAGCAGCUGCGAGCCAUAUGUACGCGGGAUCCUUUGUCUGAAAUCACUGAGCAAGAGAAGGACUUCCUUUGGAGCCACAGGCACUAUUGUGUAAAUACACCAGAAAUUCUGCCCAAAUUACUUUUGUCUGUUAAAUGGAAUUCUAGAGAUGAAGUAGCUCAGAUGUACUGUUUGGUAAAAGACUGGCCUCCGAUCAAGCCAGAGCAAGCAAUGGAGCUUUUGGAUUGUAAUUAUCCAGAUCCAAUGGUGCGAGCUUUCGCAGUUCGGUGUCUAGAGAAGUACUUGACAGAUGACAAACUGUCACAGUACUUAAUCCAGCUAGUACAGGUUCUGAAAUAUGAGCAGUAUUUAGAUAAUCAGCUUGUGAGAUUUUUACUCAAGAAAGCACUGACGAAUCAAAGGAUAGGACACUUCUUCUUUUGGCAUUUAAAGUCUGAAAUGCACAAUAAAACUGUAAGUCAGAGAUUUGGUUUACUUCUGGAGUCCUACUGUCGAGCGUGUGGAAUGUACCUGAAGCAUCUGAGCAGGCAGGUGGAGGCUAUGGAGAAGCUGAUUAACCUCACAGAUAUCCUCAAGCAGGAAAAGAAAGAUGAGACCCAGAAGGUGCAGAUGAAGUUUCUUGUUGAACAAAUGAGACGGCCAGAUUUUAUGGAUGCUUUGCAAGGCUUUAUCUCUCCUCUUAAUCCUGCUCAUCAGCUGGGAAAUCUUCGGCUUGAGGAGUGCAGGAUAAUGUCAUCUGCAAAAAGGCCCCUAUGGUUGAACUGGGAAAACCCAGAUAUUAUGUCUGAAUUGUUGUUUCAGAACAAUGAGAUAAUCUUUAAAAAUGGAGAUGACUUACGUCAGGACAUGCUGACACUACAGAUAAUUAGAAUUAUGGAAAACAUCUGGCAAAAUCAGGGUCUUGAUCUUCGGAUGUUGCCUUAUGGUUGUUUGUCUAUUGGUGACUGUGUGGGACUCAUUGAGGUAGUGAGAAGUUCUCAUACAAUCAUGCAGAUCCAGUGUAAAGGAGGCUUAAAGGGAGCAUUGCAGUUCAACAGCCAUACAUUGCAUCAGUGGCUCAAGGACAAGAACAAAGGAGAAAUGUAUGAUGCAGCUAUUGACUUGUUUACACGUUCUUGUGCUGGCUACUGUGUUGCUACCUUUAUACUGGGCAUUGGUGAUCGCCACAACAGUAACAUCAUGGUGAAAGAUGAUGGACAACUGUUUCACAUUGACUUUGGCCACUUCCUUGACCAUAAGAAGAAAAAAUUUGGUUAUAAAAGAGAGCGUGUGCCAUUUGUCUUAACACAAGACUUUUUAAUAGUGAUUAGUAAAGGAGCCCAAGAAUGCACCAAAACAAGAGAGUUUGAAAGGUUUCAGGAGAUGUGUUAUAAGGCUUAUCUAGCAAUUCGGCAGCAUGCCAAUCUGUUCAUAAAUCUCUUCUCCAUGAUGCUUGGCUCAGGAAUGCCAGAACUGCAGUCCUUUGACGAUAUUGCAUACAUUCGAAAGACCCUUGCAUUGGACAAAACUGAGCAGGAAGCUCUUGAGUACUUCAUGAAGCAGAUGAAUGAUGCUCACCAUGGUGGCUGGACAACAAAAAUGGACUGGAUCUUCCACACAAUAAAGCAACAUGCUUUGAACUGAAAUGAAAGCAAAGAAAACAAGAACUGAACAACCCGCUUUGUGGGUACUGCACUGUUAAUACCCGUUAGCAGCAAAGACUGGUUGCAUAGGAAUUGCACAAACCAUGAACGACAUUAGAAUUUAUGGCAAAAAUAAGAGAUGAACUGUACAGACAACUGUUGAAAAAUAAUGUAAAACAGGGUUUCAGAUAGCACUAAAAUUGUACACUUCAAAACUUAAGCUUUAGUAUGAUGUGUGACUUCAUGUUAUGCCUUAAGCUCGAAAAGGUAAACUUGGAAGAAUGUUUCCUUUUUUCAUUUGAUAUGAUAAAUUAGAAGGAAAAAGAAGAUAGUGCUAGCAUGAAUAUAGAGUCCAUCACAUAUUACCUUAGAUCUGGUACAGCAGCUAGAGACUAUGCUGGACUGAAAAGCAUUGAAAGACAGUUCAAGUGAUGGUGGAUAUUUAAAUGCAGCAUAGUUUGAAGGGAAGGAGUUUAAGCUCAAAGAUCUAAAAAUAAUAGUGAGAGGACAGUGCCUUUUAAAAUGCGCUCAGAGGCAUUAACAUAUAUGGGGUUUAGAUGAACCUUUGAUUUCUGGGUCUGUCAUCUGCACAGUUUCUGAAAGCAGUAGGAAAUAGGCCCAUUCAGUAUGGUGUUUCUUCUGCUCAGUAUUUCUAGGGGUGCAAUUCAUACCUUCAAAGAAACUCUUCUUAUCAUCCCCCAAAACUGACUAACCUGGAAAUUGAAUGGUCAGAAUUGGGUUUAGUGCAACAAAGAGUUGUAGUGUUCAUCUUAGGUUUGCUUUAAUCUAACUUGAACUCAAUAGAUUUUUUUCAUACAUGUUUUCCAGAACCUAAAGAAAGGUGAGUUAUUAAAAUUAUUGAAAGAUUAUUUUUUUAUAAAGGCUAUUUAUAUAAUAGGAACUAUUAUUAAUAUAUAUUCUUUAUUUACAUGAUUUGUCCAAUAUUCACUCUCUUAAUUUUGCAGCCCAGUUCUAUCUGUCCAAGACUCCCGUUUCCAUUAGUGUCACCGAAGGUGACCACAUAUACUCCUAGGACCAAAUUCAACCCUGGUGAAAGAGGACACAAGUAGCAUUGAAGAAGUGGGGGAGACACCCACUAAUGCCAGAGGUGAACUUGGCCUUAUUCUCUUUAAAAAACAAAAACAAAACAAAAAAACAACACACAUUGGGGCAAUACUCUUCACAUUACUGAAGUGGUAUGCUGGCUAUUCAAGGAACGUAUGUUUAAACCCUCAACCUUUGGGUCCACCAUUUCUCCUCUUUCUUCCUCCUCUGGAAGUGGUUGUUUAAUCCAGUAACUGAUACAUCAGAAAUAGCUGUUUAGAUUUUCAAUAUGAUCAACAAUAAGCAGUUCAACAUACAGCAGAUACAUUUGGCUAGCUCAAAGCAUGUGGAGUUACCAAACAUUUUAUAGCUUUGUCUGUUUUGUGUGUGUGUAAUAUAUAUUUGUAAAUCUAGUUGUUGUCCUCCAACACAAUUGUGUGCAAUCAAUUAAAUUGGCACCACUUUUUGAAACUGUUCAGAGAACCAAGGAUGUCAGAUUGCCCUUAUGCACAACUUCAGGUAGGACCGUUUUUCUAACUACUAAACAGGUUUUUUAAUUAGUGAAACACAUGAUUCUGAGGGUGCUGUUCACCCUAACAUUUUAAACUCGCUAGAUUGGCAGCACUUGGAGUGAAUUCCAAAGGUCUGGGGGCUUUCGGGGGUUCAACUCGUUCACUUGCAAACACACACCGAGGUGCCACUCAAAAAGUGCAAUACCACAUGUAAUAUAAAAUAUGCUGACAGCUGGUGUUAGAUUAGAAUAUAAGUAUAUAAAUAAACUGUACUUUGUGCAGGCUGUACUGAUGAGGUAAUGAGUGGUUGGCUUCAUUUAGCAAAUUGUAAUAUAUUAAAAAUGUGCAAUCGAUUACAUUAUGGAAGACUUUGGGGAUUGUAAAGACAAGACUUAGGUCUUUCAAGACACUUUCAUAGUCAAGCUCUUGCAGUUAAUUACUGUACACAUAGAUACUUGACAGUGUUGUGGGGGGAAACCUGUUUUUGUGAAAACUAUAGAAGUUCCACGAAUAGUAGGGGGAAUGUGAAGUUUUAUUUCCUUAGUUUUACUAAACAUUUUGGAAUAGUCCAACGACUUCCCGUUAUUCCUUAUUGACUGUUACAUAUUCCUUUUUGCUCACAUGAAUAUUUUCACUCCUGCUAACCUUGGUCGUGCUUUCUAGAGCAAAAUUAACCUUUGUACAUACCACUUUGCAGUCAACGCUAAUGGUGUAGCUCUUUGAAAACACAUCUUUGUUUCAAUGAGUUUAAAUCAUUUAGUUCACAAAAUCUGAAACCCUGUUGGCUGUAACUCUUAAUUUAAUAGAGUAAACUCGUUGCACAAAUGCCACAUUAGGUGCUAUAUUAUCCUUAUUUAUCUAUUAUUGAAACAAUGUUUUACCUUCUUUAUAUAAGAGAUGGUUGGACUUCUCCAGUCUGGAUGAAAAGAUCAACUCAAAUUUAUUGCAUCCUACGAGCCCAACUUCUUUUGUACUUUACCCCUUCCUAGCCAUUUACUUCUGUAAAUAUGGGUAUACUUGUCUUUCAGUUCAAGCAUACAGUGUUCUGCACCCUUUUUGCACAAACAGAAAGGUAUGAGGAAUCAGGCUGUGUUUCUAAAAGUUCUUGCAACUAAAUGCUGUGCACAAGCUGUAGAAUUUCAUAUAGACAUCAAAUAAUAAAAGAAAGGAAACUCCGUAGUGAUAUAGACAUAAUAUGAUUUGGGGUAAUUAUAGUUUAAAAAAAAAAAAAUGUAGGGGAAGAUCAUGGGUUUUAAGCUAUUGUUCCUACCACAAUCAGGGUGGGCAUUUGGAAAACAUUCUGCCAGUGUUUGGGGGGGGGGGGGGGGGGCGGAACUUUUUACAGCUUCAAAGCAUUUAACACUAAUUACUUUAUCCUGGUAUGCCAGUUUUGUGCUAAUGUAAUUUCACUAUAGUGGAAUUAUAUUGACUUACGUUGGUGUAAAUAAGAUCGCAUCUAUUCUCAGUAUCAGAAAUAAGAUCUGCUUACAGACUGUAAAAGCACCUAUAGCUGAGCUCUGUUUUUACAGAUUGCUUGGAAUUUGAAUUUUUUUCUUUAAUUAUUCCCACUUCAUGGAGAUUUGGAAAUGUUCCCUUUAUUCUGAGAAUCAGCUGCACAAAACGCUAAGUAGCUUAUUUUGAGCUUGAAUUGAAUCUGAACACCUUGCUCCUGCAAAAUUUCAUAGGAGGAUUGCCAGAGCAAGGAGCCCAGGACUGGGCCAUCCAUUUUAUUACAAAGCAUUAGGAAAUGGCAAUUUAGUGAAAUGUAAAGACUAACCUUUUCAACUGUGAAGCUAUUCAUGUUUGAUUUAAUGACAAGACAGGUUGCUGCUGAUUAGUUUUUUCAUAUAUUAAAUUCUUUGCUUUCCUGAAGGUAGCUGAAAAAGCACCUCUGACUUACACACACCUUUCUGUUCUGAAGGAGUGCAUUUGUAGUUUCUUCAGACAUGCGUUCAGUAUAAUUUGAAAGAAAAAAAAAAAGCAUUUAAGCAUUUAAAUAAAACCAAAACUGUUAGUGGUUUGGUAUCUUGUGGAGAAGAUAUAAGCCUGCAUAUUAAGGGCAAUAUAGAAAUAACCAAGCUUGUAGAGAACUCUGUACGUGAUGACCCUGCUGGUGGUGUUUUGGAGGGUUGUUUUUGUUUCCAACUUUGCUUUCUAUGUAAAAUGUUAUAAGCCCUUUAGCAGUCAGUAGCCCAUGUUCAUGGACAGUUUGAAGACAUUUUCUUUGCUUUGUCAUUUUAUAACUGGCGUGUUCCAGCGUCUGUUCUUAAUUGUGAAUUCCUCCUGUUUUGCAUGUCUGUACAGGUUGCAGACCUGGGCUGGACCCAUUCAAAACAAAAGCCACUUAAAUUACUAUUUUGUUGAAGUCUUUGACAUCUUUAAAAUGCUUCAAGUUAAUGAAAAAGGUGUGGUAUUACAGAGAAUUGUAAUUUGCUGCUUCUAAGUUGUUUUUUUCAACUUCCAUGUUUCUUUCUCUUGUUCUAGUUUUACUUGAAUGGAAGAACCACACUUCUUUUGUUGGGUUUAUUUUUUUAACACUAUGUAGCUGUUGUUGCAGAUGGUUGAAUCUCCAUUUUAGUUUUGCAAUACAUGUUUCAUACAAAUGAUUUUUUACCUUUGUUCACGCUGAAAGUUGUCUCAGUUUAGGUAAGGCUCUGUCUGUCCAAAAUGAUGUGUAGCUCAGCAUCCCUGCAGCUGAUUACGUGUGGGUUGUUUCUUAAUCUGUGUUAAUGAAAGAAGCCAAUUGGAAACUGGAUAUAGAGGUUUUUUGUCUGCAUACGCUAACCAAAUCCGUAGGUGCUCUGGUGUUGGAGAAAAUCUGAUUUCACUUUAUGCUGAUAUAACACUGAUUUCAUGAGAAUCACUCUGGAUUCACAAUAGCAUAUGAAAUCAGAAUUAGGCUCCAUGUAUAUUAAAGCCCCAGAUUGCUUAUUCAUAUGAUUCAGUGUGAGAGCUGUUCUCUUCAUGAGGGAUGUUUUCUAGCUGCUCAAUUAAACCCUUGGCAAUUUUAUUUUGAAGUACUUUCUUUAUUAACUAGCCUUUAGCUCUCUAAUUCAUAGCUGCAGUAGUCUUGUCUGUAGUUGCCUUUACUUGUGAGACCUCCAGGAUUUUUAUUGCGUACUAGCUUAAAGAAAACUCUUAAGUAUUUCCUCUUCCUACUCUUUCAUAGUAUUAAGACUUGUAAACCCACGCUCAGGAAAAACACAGUAGUUCUUAAUAUCUGCAGUACAGCGGUCUUCUUGACUUUUGAGCUUUAUGGGAUAGACUUUUAAAAGGAUGAGAUCUUACUGUGUUAGCAUUCCUGACUCUAAUCCAGAGGUGGAUCCCUCUGUCUCUCUCUCUUCCCUUCCCUCUCCCAACACCUGCCUCCCCCAAAACCAACAUGUCCGUAGCAUAAGGGCAACUUGAACUAUUUGUAAGAGAAGAUUAAUUGAAGCAAUGCUCUGUCUGUUGGCUUUCCCAUUGGUUUGCAUAAACGUGUUUUAAGUGUCCUUACUUCUGUAUGUGAUGCAAAAUGUUUUCAGCAUGAAGAAGGCCAAAAAAAAUAUUCUACCCUAUCUUCACUCCUGAAAUACUGGUGCCAAUUUCCCAGUAGCUAUAAACUGGUUUAGGAACCAUUUAGCUCAGUGUAACCAUAGCAAUGUGGUUAGGAACCUGUUCCAGUAUUAGAAUUAAUCACAGUUAAACCUGACAGUUGUAUUGCUGAAGUUACAGAAAGCCUAACUCAAGCAGAAACUUUCUCCUACAAAUCUUUUGUCUGCUGUAGUUAAUCCAUGAAGGCCAAAAUGUGGAUAUUCACAGCUGGAAUCCAGGUCUGUUUGUUUCUUUGGUCUAUGUAUAUUUAAUCUGUUCUCAGGCUUUAUUAAUAGUGUUCUAUAGCCUAAAUUAUCAGUUGUCCCAGGCUGUCCAAAGUUGUCUUACUGUUUCAUUUGGAGAAGAGGGAAGAGGAAGGGAGAAAGAGAUGAAUCCUUAUCUUAGAGCCACUGUGGUCCAAAUUAUUCAUCACCUCUUGUGAAGAUAAACACGAUUUUAUCAUCUGGAAGUAUCAUCCUUUCUCCUUGCCCCCUCUCAUCUCUGCAAGUUUUAAGUGUGAAUAGCCACGUACGCUAUCAAAAUUCACUUGCCUGGUGGAGAAAAGGAUUCUGAAAAAUGAAUGCAGUCUGUCCUGGAUUCUCAGGCUUGAAGUUCUGAAAGUAUUGUUGUCAUUGCAAGCAGCACCAUGACGGCAGGAGCUGCCACAGAAUCACACAGAUGGCUGAGGUUGGCAGCGGCCUUGGGAUCAUUUGGUCCACCUGCCCUGUUUGCAGGAGCAAGGUGCCCAGCACAUCGCCCAGCUGGGCCUCGGAAGAUCUCCAGGAAAGGAGAAUCCACAGUAAAGGCUUUUUUCUUGAUGUUUGAAUGAAAUUCCAUCUAUUUCAUUGCGUAAAGUCCUCUCACAGGGCAGCGCUGAGAAGCCUUGCCUGUCUGUUUUACUCCUCUCCUUCAGGUAUUUGUAUAUGUUGACAAGAUGCCCCUUGAGCUUUCUCUUCACCAGGCUUAAAUAAUCCCCACUCUCUGAGCCUCCCCUCAUAUCCCUUCCCUGUCUUCAUGGCCCUUUGCUGGACCUGCUCCAGUGUGCCGGUGUCUCUCAUACUGGGGAGGCCAGCACCACUGGCUCGAUCUCUCCAGCGCUGAGCAGAGGAGAAGGAUCAAGGAUCACCUCCCUUGACCAGGAUCCUGCUGGCAUUUUGCAUGGAUAGAGCCCAGGAGGGUGCGUUCUCUUGACGCUUAUCUUACUUUGUUGAAGUUAGUGGCAGUUACACAUCUGCGUCAAAAAAGGGAGUAUGAACACCCACCAGUGCUUGAAAUACCUUUUUAAAAAUGAGACAAUUAUCUUUGAAAUAACCACUACUGGGGGCGGGGGGGAAUGUUGCAAUGUGUAUGUCAUUCUGUAAUAAAGGUCCUGUGGUAUAAUAGUUAGGAAGCAAGACAUUUUUAGUAAUAAUGGGCCAAAAAACGUAUUUAAGAUGCAGCAAGAUGCAUGUGUUGUCGUACUGAGAAUAGUCUUGCAGUACAUUUAAGAAAAAAAAAAAAGAAAACUUUUUCCCUUCUGCUGUGCUAAAGACAAGUUUGGCCUAUGACACUUAUGUAGUUCAUGUUCAUGGGAAACUGUAAAAAGUCUGCUUUUUAUUUAUCUUCGCGGUCUGUAUCACAUGCUGUUUAUUAAAAAAACUACUUUUGUUUGGUUUUUAUCACACUUUUGAGUGUUAAUGUAUAUACUAACAACUAAAUUAAAAUAAUAUGGU